AUGAUUACUACUCAGAGUACUACUCAUAGGAGACUAUCGGUAAAUAACAAUGCAUAUGCCACUGAGUCUACGCAAGCGAGAAAGCAACAGGAUCUACUGGAUAGACCUAAGCUAUUAGUCAGAGGCCAGGGACCUCUGAGUCGCAUAGCACUUUGCAAACAGAAGUUCGUUGGUUUAUUCCCCCAAGAUGUUCAAAGGUACUUACCUGAAGUUGACAUCAAAGUUACAGCCAUCUGUUUAAUUUGGUACGUGACUUCAUCUGUUUCCAGCAAUCUUUCCAAGGCUAUUUUGAAAGAAUUUACACAUCCAGUAGCAUUAACGGAAUUGCAAUUUUUAGCAAGUGCCCUGCUGUGUGUAGGUUUCAUUACUUUGGUCAAUUAUUUGCAGAGACCUGGUUUACAAACAGGCCGUUUAGCAAGAGCUUGUUCUAACUUCCCUGAAGGUAUACUGCCCUGUUAUUUGGAUGGUAAUUUCAAGGAUUCCAUUUCAGGGAAGUUUUUAGUACCCUGUAAAAUCGUCUUGAUGACGACUUUUCCCAUGGGGAUUUUCCAAUUUAUUGGUCACAUUAGCACUCACAAGGCGACUUCUCUGAUACCUGUUUCAUUAGUCCAUUCCAUAAAGGCACUUUCGCCCAUCAUCACAGUUAGUUAUUACAGAUUAUUUCAAGGCAGGCAGUAUAAUCCAAUGACUUACUAUACACUAAUACCGCUUAUUAUGGGAGUUAUGGUUACUUGCUGGGCAACCCAUGGUAGUAGAACUCCAAACAGCUCCUCGAAUAAAAACUUACAAAUGGGAUCAGGUUUCAUUUUCGCAUCAUUAUCAAUGUUAAUCUUCGUAUCUCAAAAUAUUUUUGCCAAGGGAAUUCUAACGGUUAAACGUAAUAGAGGAAUUUUACCUUCAUCGUCGCCAACAACUUCAAAGAGGAAAGAGGUUUCCCCACUACAAAUUGAUAAAAUUACCAUUCUUUUCUACUGUUCAUGUAUGGGAUUUCUGCUAACAUUGCCACCAUUUUUAACAAAUGAAUUAUUUCAACAUCAAAGCGUUUUCCAAGAUUUAAACGGUAGAGUUAGCUCACUAAUCGUAUUGCAUGGCUUUGCCCAUUUUCUUCAAGCACUACUGGCAUUCCAGUUAAUUGGUAUGUUAUCUUCGGUCAAUUACAGUGUGGCUAACAUUAUGAAACGUAUUGUUAUCAUUCUAGUCGCUUUAGUUUGGGAAUCGAAAUUAAAUGUCAUUCAAUUAGUCGGUUUAUCUAUGACACUUGGCGGGCUUUACGGUUAUGAUAAAUGGGGUUCAAGAUCUCCAGUGAAUUAA